UUCGUGAAGCCGGUCAGUCGGUCGGUGGUUGAGCUCCGAGCGAAAGAUGUUGUACAGCUUAGAGAAGGGACGCGUUUAAUGAGUACAACUUCAACAGAGAAAAGGUUUCCGCUGCUCAAACAAAGUCUCUCUUUACGGUGGGCUUUUUGGGGUUUCUCCCCCCCCCCCCAGCUCCCUGGUGUGCCAGCGAGAGAGAUGGUGCAGCCCCUGGCAGUGCCAGUCUUGGCGGGGGAGCUGGACCCCCUGUUCGUGCGCGCCCUCGGGUACCUGCGCUCGCGUUCGCGCGACUCGGCCGAGCGGCUCCGCACGCUGCUUGAUGACGCCCUGACACGCAGUUCGGGAGAUCCGGGCAAUCGCAUCCCCCACAGGGACCUGGAAGCUGUGGUCAAAGGAAGCAAAGGACACUCGUCCUCCAAGCAUCACGAGGGAAAACAUGGGACACGACCGCCCUCGGACAAGAGCAGGAGAGACGGGGACAGGAAGACGGACAGGGCUAGGCCGGAGGGGCUGGAUGUGGCUCAUGAGCAUCCCAAGAAGCCGAAGCUGGAGCGAGCAGACAGUGGCCGGAAUGGCGCUGGUGGCGGCGGAAACUCCCCUGCGCUGUUGCCCUUGCUGCAUGCGCCGCAGCAGCCGGCCCCGAGCCGUGUGGCCGACAUCCCGGCACAGGAAGCCCCCGUCACCGGAGGCCCCGAGUUGUCUGAUGAAACCAACGCCGACGAUUUUGCCAUGGAGAUGGGACUGGCAUGCGUUGUGUGCCGGCAGAUGACGGUGAGCCCGGGGAACCAGCUGGUCGAGUGCCAGGACUGCCACGACCUGUAUCACCAGGAAUGCCACCGCCCAGGCGUCUCCGACAAGGAGGCUACUGACCCCCGCCUUGUAUGGUACUGUGCUCGCUGCACCAAGCAGAUGAAGAAGAUGGCCGUGCAGUCCCACAAACUGCAGAAGGUGGUGGCCAAAGCUUCGAUGUCGCUGUCGUCGGCACCGAGCCCCUACGUGAGCAAGGAAGCAGCCGUGAAGAAGCCAGAAAACAAGAGCCCAUCGGACUUCUCCUUCCAGGCCUUCAAGCGCUCCGAACUCAAGGGUACGUCCUCCUCGGCCGUCGCCCCCUUGCAGUCGACUCCAGCCUCCUGCUCCGCAGCGUCGGCUGCCGGCCCCACGGGGGCAGGUGGACUCGCGGGGUGGGCCGCCAACUUCAACACCAAGACAUCAUCGUCAUCCUCAACGUCGUCGUCAUCGUCGUCGUCACCAUCGUCGUCAUCAACGUCAUCGCAGAUGCCCUCAGUCUCUUCUUCGUCAUUUUCCACAGCUGCCCCUCCUGGAGUCCAGAUUACCAAGGCCUCUAAGCUGCCCUCUGUCAAGGUGCUCCUCAAGGCGUCGCCCUCAGCCUCCUCAGUGGGGACAACAACAACAGCAGCAGCAGCAGCAACAGGAGGUGGUAGUGGGCCGGUGUCCCCAGCAGGCCUCAUGGCCGUGCCGUCCAUUAAAUCAAGCAGCAGCAGCAGCAGCAGCAGCCUGGGGAAAACUAGUGCUGGCGGCAACAGCAGCGGUGGCAUCAGCAUCACCAUCAGCACAGCGGGAAUGUCCGGUGUUGGAACUGGUAGCAUUGGGGCUGGUGCGACAGUGGGGGCAGCUACUGCUACAGUGAUUGCAGCGCCAAGUUCGGCAAUCACUGCGGGCAGUGGGGGAAGCAGCAGCUCGGGGAAUGGUGCGGGGAAGGCGCCGACGUCACAGGAGUCGCAGAUGAAUGCCCUGCGGAGGCUGCACCUCGUGAAGAAGAAGGCGGCUCAGAAGAAGCUAAAGAAGUGAAAAUAUGGCGCUUGGUCGGGUAGCGCAAAAGAUCUCCGGUUGGCACUCACACUCCGUUCUGUCUUCCACCAUUCAUAUUAUUUUUCCAUGUAACACUCAUUCUCUCAUUAUCACCUUCUCAGCCUGGUUUGCUGUAACUUUCAUGCUCUCUCCUUCAGACAUUAAAAUCUCUCUAAUUUCCAUUUACAUCUCUCUUUCUCUUUUAUAUCCUCUCACCUUUCUCAUGUUCACUACGACUCUCCUGCAUUCGUUUUUGCUCACACUCAACACUAUCACUCCCACUAAUCUUUCUUAAAUUUUUCUCUCUGACUCCUCUUUCCGUGCUCAGUCGACUUGACGCACUCUCUUGGUCUCAUCCCAUGAGCCAACUUGAAAGAGAAUGGUAUUGCGAUGGAGGAGAAGACUACUCUGUAGGAACUUAGUAAAAAAAUGCUGUUAUUUUAUCUCCUGCAUAGGAAACUGGGACUCUAAAUGAAAUGCAACAUCCUCAGGCAAUUGCGUCAACUUUUAUUGUAAUGAUAAAACUAUAUUCGAGUCUGCUAGGAUGUAUUUUAAUAUUGGUAUUCGCCAUUGUAAAGUUACCAGUUUGUAUGUCUGCCACCUCAAAGACACCUUUCAAGUGAAAAACAAACACCUGGAAAGCUUGAAAGAUUAUACAGAUGCAUUCAGAACAACCUUUAAUUAGACGAAUGACACCUUUUAUUUAGCCAGGUGACAACCUGAUUGCAAUAAUAACAAUUGAGUAAAGGACAUCUGAAAUGUCCAGAGACUGUUGGUCAUAUACUUGAGAUUUAGUCAUAAAAUAAUGGCAUUGCAGUCUCCCACUGAUAAGUCACCGAUAAAGGCCCAUAUAAUAGUUGUACUUUAAGGAGCAUUGUGACUUAAUUAAAUGCAUCGUUUUUGGUAACGAGUCUAACACACACUUCCAGCCAUCACACCAGUGGCACAAUUUUAUGGCACAAUCUUUACUUUGUCGCCAAAAUAAGCGAUCAAGUAUUGUCCUGUGAUAAAAAUACAAAAAGGGAUUGAAAUGAAAU